CCAGUAGGCGCCACUGACGUCAUCAGCCGGCGCGCAGUUUAGACUCCACUGAUGUCGUGGCGCUUUGGGGCAAGAAGUGAAGCAGCCCCUCCUGGCAGCUAUGGGAACUAUGGCUAUCCUAAUAGUGGGUACAGUGCCUGUGAAGAAGAAAAUGAGAGACUCACUGAAAGUUUAAGAAGUAAAGUAACUGCUAUCAAAUCUCUUUCCAUUGAAAUAGGCCAUGAAGUUAAAAAUCAAAAUAAAUUAUUAGCUGAAGUGGACUCACAAUUUGAUUCUACAACUGGAUUUCUAGCUUGUUUGGGUUAUUAGAGGGAGAACAGCAGACCUUUCAACUUCUUGGAGCUGGAAGUUUGAAAGGAGAAAUUUCAGGCUGGUGACUAAGCGCAGUUGUGCCCCUCCUGCCUCGCAAGUGCAAGGUCCUGAGUUCGAUCCCCAGUACAAAAUAAGAGUGAUGGUAUUGUGUAUCUAUUUGUAUAUCAUAAAAUAGAUCUUUUUUUAAUAUAUGUUGUUUCAGCUACUUUUUUAUCCUUAUUCCCGUACCAUGCUAUUUUAAUUAUUGGGUCUUCAUGGGGUUUCAAUAGCCAAUAGAUAUUCUUGUCUGUUUCUUUUGACUGAUGAACAUACCUUGAUAAUAUUUUAAUAAAUCAUACUGACUUCUUUAGAAACACAUUCAUCUUCUAUAAUAUGCUCUAGAAAAAAUACAGGUUUCUUAGAUGCUUCUCUUAUUGGAAUGUUCGAUUUUUACACCUGGCAAAUUUCUCAUUUUCUUUCUAUACAUAUGCAUAGUUAAUAGUAAACCAUUGGUAGCAGUAAACCAGUGGGGUACAGGGAGGAGCCCUGAUCGGUAGUAACCUUAUUUGUGUGGUAUAAUUCCUCUUAGCACACUUGAUUUUGAGUGCCAGCAUGAACAGCAGAUUGUGAAAGUCCAUACACGAUUGGCUCCCAUGACCUGGUACAAACUUCUUCCAGCAUACACUUGUUUUUUUAAUGAGAAGCUAUCAUCCAACUGUAAUAGGACACAUUCAAGAGAUAUGAAGUUAAACUGAUAAAUUGACUUGUAAAUAAUGUUUUACAAAGAAAAUGGAUACCUAAAAGAUCAUUUGUACAUCAUACAUAUGCCAAUAUUUUCUCAAUUUACAUGGAAUUGGAGUACCUGGUAAUUCUCAUCUUAUCUCUUCUUUCAAAGGAACUUGUAUUUUUCAGGUACUUGCUACAUUUAUUGACUUCCAUCUCUAUGUAGUUCAAAUACUAGAUAAUAAUAUAGGAAAAAGAUAGGGGGUUAUUUGUGUUUAGGUUUUCUUCAUGUUAUUUCCUCCAGGUAAAUGGUCAAACAGAUGUGCAGGAUCAUUCUGUGGAUUUUAUUAGCUUUGUCUUUUUGUGUAUAUCUUGGCUUUUAUACUUUGUCUUAGCUGAGGAGUUCAACUCUGUGAAAACCCUGUUUCUCACAAGCCUUUAAGGACUACCACAGAAAUUCAGAUAUGCCAAGUCCAAGUCUUAAUCUUUCUUUAAUCUUCAAAACUAACAGGUUAGAAAUAUGCAUAAAAUGUUUUGAUAAAACGAAUUGCAUGUAUAUUAAAUGUGACUGUAAAAUAUGCUUAAUGAUUUAUAACAAGCAGCUAAAGGAUAAUGUAAAAUAUAGCCACGUUGUCAGUAAUAAAUGUACGUAUUCUGCAAA